UACCGGCGUUGAGACUUCGGCCGGCGGCAGCUGGACAAUGCUGACGAUCUACUUCAGUCUGGCGAUCCUGGUUUCGUUCGCCUGCUCCAUUUUUGAAGCCGUGCUGCUGAGUGUCAGUCAGCCGUUCAUCGCGACGCUGAAGAAAUCGUCGCCGGACAUGGGUCAGCGAUGGGACACGCUGAAGACUCAGAUCGACGGCCCUUUGACGUCCAUUCUGACGCUCAACACCAUCGCGCAUACGGUGGGAUCGAUUGGUGUCGGCAAAGAAGUGGCCGGGCUGGCCGGUCAGUCCGGCUACAGUGGAUGGAUCAAUGGCCUGGCGGCGGCCCUAAUGACCCUGGCCGUCCUGGUGCUGUCUGAGAUCAUUCCCAAGACGCUGGGGGCCAGGUAUUGGCGCAAGUUCGCUCCGAUUGUGGGCAUCCUGCUGGAAAAGCUCACCUGGCUCAUGACUCCUUUCGUCUGGUUCAUUCGAGUCUUUGGCGGUUCGGGACAUGGCGAAGUCGAAUUCAGCCGCGAAGAACUGAGAGUGAUGGCGGACAUCGGCGUCAGAAAAGGGAAGCUUCAGGAGGGCGAAUCGCGGAUUCUCAAGAACCUGCUGCACAUGCGCGAGAAUCAGGCUCAGGACGUAAUGACACCGCGAGUGGUCGUCUUCUCGCUGGCUGAAGAGACUCGGGUCGCGGACUUCAUGGCGGAGCACCACGAUUGUCCUUUCUCUCGCAUCCCGUUGUUUCGCGACAAUCCCGACAAUGUCACGGGCUUCGUCCUGCGGGAUGAUUUGCUGCUGGCCGCUGCCAGAGAUCAGGACGAGGACAGGCUGUCCGAGUAUUCGCGUUCCAUUCCCUCGAUUCCGGAAUCGAUGAGGCUGAUGGAAGCGUUCGAUCGCAUGAUUUCCAAUCGGUUUCACAUUGCCAUCGUCGUGGGUGGUUAUGGGGGCCUGGCGGGACUGAUUACGCUGGAGGACAUCGUGGAAACGCUGCUGGGUCUGGAGAUCGUGGAUGAGUCGGAUACUCGGGAGGACAUGCAGCAGUUUGCUCGUUCUCGCUGGGAACAACGAGCCAGGAAGCUGGGGAUGCCGGUCGACACCGAUUCCAAAUCCGGCUCCGAUGAGCACAGCACCAACGAGCCGACUCCGGAAGCAGACUGA